CUCGGAGCAACAACGUCGAAUCGAGGCUGGCCAGCUACUUGCCUUUCGCAGUCGGGUUGUUGGCAGACGCUGGGCCGUCGUUGGUGUCCGUUGACGGACCGAGCGACCGGUGCGGAUGGCGGCGGCGUGACGGAAAAGGUGGCGAGUGUUGCAUUAGGUGGUGGUUGUCUGUCAUGGUGUCCAGGGGCCUGCUGCCCGCGUCGUUCGUGUCGAGCUCGUCAUAUUCGUCUUGGGCAGCGUCGAAGUGGUGGGUCGUGGACGCUUCCAGGACGUGGUUGCUUUGACGCGCAUGAUGCGGUGUCGACGUGACAAACGUGCUCAAACUGGUGUGUCGGGGUGUAAUGGCUCCGAUUGAAGUCAUAGCGAACGUCGGCGGCGGCUGCGCGGACGUCCCAGGAACGACGGAGACGUUGCAGAUAUGAAUUGCUGCGAGAGGACGGACGGCUUGGUAGUUUGUGGCAGAAACGAGUUGGUCGAACUCGUGGUAGACGGCAUCGGAAGGUGGUGCUACGACGUGUGGAGGACUUUGGACUGGUUCAUCACAACACGUGAAUCGAAGUACACGAGGCAAUUGGGCCCGCUGAAGCACCCGCCCGAUUCACGCCGAAUGGGUUCGCGAACUG